GCCCGCCAAACGGCGGGAGCCGCCGCCAUUUCGGCACCGUCCCCCGGAGCCGUCGGGCCGCGGCGGCGCCGCUUUCCCCGCUCCUCGCCGCCGCCAUGAGCCGCCUCAGCGGCGGUUGGGACGGCGCCGGCGAGGAAGUCCAGCUCCUCCUGGACCUAUGCCUUCAGUGUUUGACAAAGAAUCUUUCCAGACAUGCUGCAGAUAUUAAAUCAUUGCCACCCAACAUAAAGGAUAAACUGAUUAAAUUAAUGAGUAGGCAAGGGCAAAUAACUGAUUCAAAUAUCAGUGAGGUAUUGCACCCUGGUGUAGAGUCUCUAGACCUCCGAGACUGCAAUAUUUCAGAUAAUGCACUGUUACAGCUUUAUAACUGCAAGCAACUGAAAAAAAUCAACUUAAAUUCUUGCAAAGAAACCAGACUGGGAAUCACUUCCGAAGGUGUCAUAGCACUGGCCUUAUCCUGUCCUUACUUGCGUGAAGCAUCUUUUAAAAGGUGCUGUGAUAUAACUGACAGUGGAGUUCUCGCUCUUGCGCUCAACUGCCAGUUCCUACAAAUUGUGAACUUGGGCAGCUGUUCAGGCAUCAUGGAUGCAUCUCUACAGGCACUAGGAGAAAACUGCAAAUUUCUUCACAGUGUGGACUUUUCAUCUACUCAGGUAACAGAUGAUGGCGUUGUAGCACUAGUGAGUGGAACAUGUUCAAAGAAUUUAAAGGAGAUCCACAUGGAGCGCUGUGUGAACCUGACUGAUGUUGCUGUGGAAGCAGUCCUUACUUGCUGUCCGAAGAUACACAUUUUUCUGUUCCAUGGUUGCCCACUGAUAACAGAUCGUUCCCGAGAUGUUUUAGAGCAGCUAGUCAUAUCAAACAAAAUCAAGCAAGUAACAUGGACUGUUUAUUGAUUAUUUAUUGUGUACGUAUGAGUGUAAAGUUUACAGAUGGGAGAGUUCUUUCAGAAGACAAGCACCUUGGAGAAAUAGCUGGUGACUUUUGUACCACCAGAUUGCUUCCCUCCUUGUUCCCACCAGAGGUCUCUGUCGCCAUUCCAGUCCUUGCCUGUGAGUCUGGGUUUCCCCACUGUCUCUACUUCAAGCCCUGUCUUUGCAUGGCUGAUCAUACUUCAUUAAGAGGAGUGUUAAACUGUAAUUAAUAUUACACUGUCAUCGCUCAGCCACCUUGAAGUAUUAGAUUUGGCUACUACUUAGCAUCUUUUAGCAUCUUAAAUACAUACACUAACCAAAUUUAAGUAAGUCUGUGUUCUGAGUUUGUAGCUUGAGAAGGUAGUUGCAACUAAAAGUACCAAGCCCAAACAUAGUAUUAACACUUAAGCAAAAGUUUCUGUAAAGUUGGGGAUUUAAUCUGACAAAAGUCAGCAGAUAGAACCGGUGAAUGGAGUGGCAUUAACAGCAAUGCGAAUGUAUUUUAAGUAGUAACAAAACAAUGUGUUUUCACCAUGUACUUCUGCUAGGUCUGGAAGAAAACUGUAGGUACCUUUCUGCUGAUGUUACUGAUGCUGCAGGUUUCUGGUUUUACUUACCAUCAAAUAUUUGUUGAAUUUUUAUACAUCCCAAACAACAGCCUGUGAACACGUAAACAUAAACUUGCUUUGAAAUCGGUGUGGUAACUUAAAAAAUUUCAGGAUGGUAGCAAUGACCGAUAAAAGAAUCUUGUAUAGGGAAAAAUUCUUAUUUGCUCUAGCUUUUGCCUCUGUUUCUGCAUGAAAAUCCUUUUAGGGAACAACAUUAGUCCUCAGAAGCACAGCUGUGAGUAAAAUAGGACCAAAUUUAGUGUCUGAGUACAUGAAUUUCAGGAUGAUAGAGUUCAGCAGAAUGUGUUGUGCUGUAUGCAGUUUAUUACAUGUCCAGUGGCCUCCAGAAGCUGAAAAUAGCUACCAUUUAUGUAUUGUUCAAUUGUAGUCAUGUUAAAGAAAAAGAAAAAUAAUUUAGAAGUAUAGAAUUAGUUUAUUACAUGAUGGAGCCGUGGCCUCAUCAUAAUUGUAAGUCAUGUUCAUUGGCUUUCUUGAAACAGCAUAACCUCUUGUGAUGGUUCUGUGAUUUCUACAUUAAACUUUUUAAAAUGCUAGCAGUUUUGUCAUUAUAUAGGGCAGGUGGCACACCGUGUUGAUACUCUGCAUCUGGAAGUAGCAGGGUUUAUCUGGGGUGGUCUUAAUGGAUCUGGUGACACUUAGAAACCCAUGAGUUUAGGCAACCAUAAGGAAUGUGUUUAUUUUACAAUUUAACACUUGUCAUAGCCACGUUCAUUUGAAGUGUUGCAGAAAUAAACCAGUCUUCUACUCAGCUGUUUAAAGUUCCAAGUCAGAUUGCAUGGAAGGUAAUAUAUGUUGCAUCCAGUAAUAUUAAGGGAUAUUACGAUGUCUAACAGUCAUGUCUGUUCUUCUGUGAUUGUAGGGUUUAUGGAAGAGCAAGUCCAUUUAGAAAUCUUGUUCAAGUGUAACUGAAAGCAUAGUUUUCAAACUCCUGUGCCUAAAUCCCUAAUUCUUGUUGCAUGCAGUACCAUGGCUCAGACCAGUGAUGAAGUGAUGAAUGUGUUCCUAUGAUACCUAUAGGUAUAGCUGCACCAGUACAAACCAUUCCUGCAAGCAGGAGAGGUUGGGUUUGCUACAUUAGCCACUAGCAUCUGAAGGCUGUAAUUGCAGCAAAUCCUUGGACCGGAUAGAGGCCCGAGAACCUAGUCUGCCAUGGUUUAUUCCCUUUUUUUUGCUAAACAGUUUAUUGUUUUGUUCUGUGGAAUCCCUGGUAUCAAUCAGGGCCCAUCAUUCCUUUGACGUUAUUGGCAGCGUAUCUUGGAUGCGAUUAGGCAGCAGCAAUGACACCUCAUUAAUUGUGUCAAGUAAGUAAAGCAUAAGGAUCAGGCUGCCAGCUCUGGUUUCAGGAAGGGUGCCACAAGAAGGUAGAAUUGUAAGUUACCCCAAGUGGGAAGGGGCCUCGGGAGGUUUCUGGUCUUAACUUCCUGCCCAAAAUGGGGUCAGCUGAGACCAGCUUAGUCAGGGCUUUUUCCAGCCAAGUCUUGAAAACUGAAGAUGACAACACCUUCACAACGUUUUGAGGCAACUUGUUCCACUGCUUGACUGUAUUAAUGGUAGAAAAACUUUUCCUCCUAUCCUGUUCGACCCUGUUUUGUUUCAGUUUAAACCGUUUCUCGCUGGAAGAGCCCAGCUGUCAUCCAUAUGUCCCUUGAAGCCUUCUCUGUUCCAGGCUGAACAAGCCCAGUUCCCUCAGUUUGUUAUUGUAAGACAUUUAACUAUAACUUAGUGUGGUGAUGGUCACCAGACUCUCAUCUGAAGUGCUACAUCCAGAAAGAAAAUUAUAAAUUAAGAUUAUACAAAGCAACUAAAGGUGGAAGACCACCAAAAUCUGUAACGGCAAAGGACGCUUAAAAAAAAUUAAUCUGUGGGACAGUGCUACUGCUAACCUUGCUGGCAAGGUUGUCCUUUUUCCUCUUGCUAAUGUAACCUUGGAUUUGUCAUGAAGGCAAAGGCAGCUUACACUGUGUCCUUAAAUGUGCAUGUGUAUUUACUGUCUUCUAUAGCCUCUUCUAAAUGUGUAACUUAGUGGUCUAUCCUUACCUUGUGCUUAAAACUCUGUGUAACGCUGCAAUGAAUUAAUAACGUAUUUUCAGGUUUGGAAGUUUACUGUAAGUCACAUUAAGUCCUUCACUGUCAGAGCUUGAGUCUUACUAGCGUAACUACUGGAAUAUUUUUUGAUUCAGGUUAGAUCGCAGUCAUUUUCAACAAAUGUUUACAAGCACUGGGUGAAGUGGGAGAAGAACAUCAUGUAUAUACUUAACUGCUUCAUAAUCUGUAUUGCUUGGAUAUUGUUAUUGUUGUAAAUUGUUGGGUGAGCAUUGCAGAAUAUUUACAUUUUGUUCUGAAGAUUAAAGUUUGUAAGCCUUCUGGUUGGAUAGUUCUGAAAAAUUGUUAAAUUAUAUUUUAUGAUAUGAAAUACAUGUGCAGCUGAAUGUGCUCUUAAAACUCCCAUUUAAUAAACACCAUGGUUUUCUGAGUACCACA